AUGAGCGGGCGACACCAGCUACGGGUGCCGGAGGUACGUGUAAGUGCGGCGCCACAAGAUGAAUCGGACAACACGCCCACCGCCUUGCCACCACUUUCGCACUUACCCUCGCUUCAAUACCACGCCGUAGACACUCCUGGAUAUGUAGCUUCGAUGUUGAGAAUGGUGCCGGUGCUGGUGGAGGCGCGGGGGUCGCUCGCUGCUCGCUUGAGGGCGGAUCGCCCUCCGCCUCACUGGUCCUUCAGGCCAUGCCGCAACGCCGCGAAGCUCACUGAGAAUGAUAUUAAGAACGUGUUCGAGACGUUCGGUCCGAUCACGUACUGCAAGCUGGCGCAGGGCACUUCCGCGCACAAACACAAGGGUUACGGAUUCAUCGAGUACGCGACGUUAGCCGCCGCGCUGGAGGUCAUUGUGUCCAUGAACCUGUUUGACCUGGGCGGGCAGCACCUGCGCGUUGGACGCGCUAUCACGCAGCCCGCCGCGCUUGCCGGCGCCAGCACCGUGCACGUGCCCAUGCCAACUGCCGUCGCUGUAACUGCAGCCGUUGCCACCGCCAAGAUACAGGCGAUGGACGCGGUGGCGAGCAACUCGGUGGCGCUGGGACUGACCAAGCUGAACGCGCUGGGCGUGUCGCCUGCCGCCGCGCUGCCCACGCUGGCGGCCGCGCUGCCCAACUUGCCCGCCGCGCUGCCCGUCACGCUGCCUGUCACGCUGCCCGCCGCGCUGCCCGUCACGCUCCCCGCUGCUCUAGGCGCGCUGCCGGUCUUGCUCCCUGCAGCGCUGCCCGCCACGCUGCCCACCACGCUCCCCGUCGUGCCUGCCGUGCUACCGGCCGCCAUCCCGCCGCCCGGCGUCGUCAUCCCACUUCUGACACCAAUUGUUAUGAGCUUGAGACAUCAAAAGUCAGUGUCUAAUAUAAAUUCGGAAUCUGGAAUGCCAGGAGCCUUUUUUAGUUAUGAACUAUCGCCCCUUAUGGUAAAAUACACAGAAAAGGAAAGAUCUAUCGGCCAUUUUGCUACUAAUGUCUGUGCCAUUGUUGGAGGAGUAUUUACAGUUGCUGGCAUUAUUGAUGCACUCUUAUAUCACUCACUAAAUACUUUCCAAAAUAAAAUGAUGUUGGGUAAAGCUGGAUAG